AAGUUAAGUAAAACUGUCAAAAGAUAAAUAUUUUUGGUUAUAAUUUGAAAAUGUACUAUUUGUUAUUAUAAAUUGGUUAAUUCUGAAUAUAAGUUGCAAUAGUAAAAGAUGUUGGGAAUACGCGCUAUUUGCAACAUAGCCACAACUUCAAAAUCUUUGUUAAUUAAUCAAACUAGAAAUACUUUUAUUUUACGGCGAAGAUGGCCCCCAUCUUUACACAAAAAACACGGAAAACCUUCUAAACUCCGAGGAAGGCACUUCGUUUAUGAUUUAGUAGAGGACACAGAAGUUGUAAAGAAACCGGAUAUGAAGAUAAUCUUAAAUCAAUUUGUCGAGGGUGUCGGAGAGUCUGGAGAUGUUUUAACACUGAGUCCCGCAAAAGCUUACAAGAACUUCCUUGUGCCAGGCUUGGCAGUGUAUGCUACUCCAGAGAACAUAGCAAAGUAUAAGGUUGAUGAGAACAAGCCAAAAGUGAAAAGCAAUUUCAGUUCACCAUAUGUACAAAGGACUAUGGGUUGUCUCUCACGCCUGUUACUACAGAUAUCUAUGAGCAAAACUCAACCUUGGACACUCGAACCUUGGCAUGUGCGUACAUCUUUCCGCAAAGCUGGAUUUGUUGUGCCUGAAGAUACUAUAACUUUGCCACCUGUCAAAAUCUCCGGUCCUGAUCUAUCUUUGCAGGAAAAAGAAUUUUAUGUAACUGUUAAGAUUAAUAACAAGGAAGAAGUCAACGUGAGGUGCAGGAUCCAUCACUGGGCGACAGGACUUGAAAAACUCCCAUGGGUGGAGUUCCACUGGAAAAAACCUUGUGAUCCACUUAUCCCAGAACAAGCAGCUGAGUUAGCGAAAAUACCCUUAGUUUGAAUAACUUAAAAUUAUAUUAACUGCUAGUCUAGUAAAGAAAUACCUAUCAAUUUUCUUUUUCAUAAUAGAAAAAUAAAUGGCAGCAAACAGCGAGCCCGUAAACGAAA